UAAAUUUAAUUUGUUCUUUGGGAACAUGAACAACGAUCCAGGCAUCAUCUGUUUCCAUCAUUGCAAGACCAAGAAUGUGUUUUGCAUGCAAAUUCCGGCGAUAUGUCCAGUAUGCUCAUCACAAAUGCAGAACUUCAUUGUAGAUCCGUUUCGUGUUCCAUGUCCGUUUGCGAAUGCCAUUCAUAAUCCAACCAGUGUUGUUAUUCGGCCUUCACGAGGCAGCUUUCUUGAUGAUUACGACAUGACACGCGACGAUUUGCAUAUUGGAAUAGUUAACUCUAAUGGUGGCAUUGUUGAGUUUGACAAAGAGGGACUAGUAGAAAAUGAUAUCACCAAGUGGACUGAUUGUAUUGUUUUGGAGCUUGUGCCAGCAGCCUGGACUGCACAAUGGGACAAAGCAUUAAUACUUAUGUCAAAGGAUAUUAAAUGGAAAUCCAUUAACUAUGAUGUCAUCAAUAUGAACUGUUUCAACUUCGUUCUGGAAUUUUUUAAUAAUCUGGGAUACAGAGAUCUAAGAUUUAAGAGCAAAGAAGAGCUGUGUGAGCGAUUGAUACUGUCAAAAAUGUACAAAGCAAUGCAAUAUGUUUCGUUAUACAGAAUGUUGAAAGAUCAAGAAUAUCUCCUGUCAGAUCAUCUCUUUUGA